ACUUCCGAGUGCACAGGGCAGAAAACACACACAGUCCUGCAGACAGCGGCUUUUACAGACACACACACGCGUUUAUAGUGUUGUGUUUGAGAGUUAAAGAUGCUAACAAUGUGGACGUGAUCUACAGUGUGAUGUUUGACUGGUGAAAGGUUGUUUUGACUGACGCUUGAGGAAACCCGCUUGAGGCCCGUCUCCUGUCAGUGAUCAUGGCUGAUGAUCCUCAGAGAAACUUCCGCUCGGCGUAUUAUGAGAAAGUGGGUUUCAGAGGAGUGGAGGAGAAGAAAUCACUGGAGAUCCUGCUGAAGGACAACCCUCUGGAUGUGGAGAAGCUGAGCACCUUCAGCCAGAGGUUUCCUCUGCCCUCCAUGUACCGCAUCCACGUGUGGAAAGUCUUGCUGGGGAUUCUGCCUCCUCACAGUGACUCUCAUGCUCUGGUGCGUCAGUAUCGUGUGGAUCAGUUUGAGGACGUGAGCUGCGCUCUGACCGUCAUGCGCUUCAUCCACGCCUCCACACCGCAGACAGAGAUCUACCUGCGCAUGUUCCAGCUGGAGAACCACACGCUGCCCCGCAGGACCGAGCUGCGGCCGCCCGAUGCGGAGGAUGAAAACUUCCUGGCGAUCGCUCGAGCGAUGGAGGAGAUCGUGGAUGACCCGGUGGACUGUUUCUGGCUCGUCAGAUGCUUCAUCAACCAGUUCAAGCACAAGUUUGGAGACUCCAUCCCUCACCUGCCGAAGAGUCUGGAGCACUUCCUGUCUCAGGAGGAUGUGUGUCUGCUGUCUCACCUGAAGGCGUCUGGAGCUCUGGCUUUACUACCGUACUCACUGUGGUUCAGACGCUGCUUCGCCGGCUGCUUACCAGAGUCCAGCCUACAAAGGGUGUGGGAUAAAGUCAUCAGCGGCUCCUGUAAGAUCCUGGUGUUUGUAGCUGUGGAGAUUCUGCUCAGCCAUAAGAUCGUGAUAAUGGGAAUGAACCAGCCGGACGCAAUUUACCACUUCCUGUCUAACAUGCCGCAGGAAAACACGGACGCCAUCGUCACCAAAGCCAUCGAUCUGUGGCACAAAUACUGCGGGACGCCCAUGCACUCUGUCUGAACAACUGUGUGUGUUAGAGAGUGUGACAGUGUGUGUUUAUGAGUGUUGGAGUAUGCAUGCGUGUGUGUGUUUGUUUGAUUGAAGUGUGUGAGUUUGAGUGCUUGUGUUUGUGUGUGCGUGUGUUUAAAUGAACACAUGAGGCAAAUUGUGUAUUAUUUAUAUGUAAAAAGUGCUUCAAAAUCCCCAUUUGAAGAUAAAUAAACCCAAUGACAGCA